AUGAAGCUCCUGGCACUCCUUCUGUUGCUUGGUGUUUCCACUAUCCUAGUCACUUGCCAGGACGCAGAGGCAGACAGUGCUGACACUUCUGAUACUGCUGCUCCAGCAGAAACUUCUGAAGGUGAGCCUGCUGAUUCAGGUGAUGCUACGAACACUGAGGAGGCCAGCAAUGAUGAUACGGUUGAGGAGCAAACAGAAGAGACAGAUGAUUCUGACAGUACCGAGGCUGAUGCCUCUGAUGAGAACAGUGAACCAACUGCAGAAGAAAAGCCUGCAGAAGAAAAGCCUGCAGAAGAAAAGCCUGCAGAAGAAAAGCCUGCAGAAGAAAAGCCUGCAGAAGAAAAGCCUGCAGAAGUAAAGCCCAAACUACCUGUUUUCAAUGUGAUUGGCAAGGUGAAAAAAUUUUUUGGAAUUUCAUAA